GCCAUGGCCGCUCGUUUUGCAUCUGACACGUUGGAACUCGCUCUUUUAUUAUGCUCAGUGUGCAGUCUUGUUGUCGUCGUAGAGAAUGUACAGGAUUCCCUAGUUGUUCGGGUGAACAAUACUUCAGAACAACGGCAUAAGCGCGUCUACGUUUUCUCGUGCCAAUCAGCUGUUUUCUUGACCAUGAGCGACUAUUCGUUAGAAUCACGAACGUAUUCCCAAAAUACGUAGGGCAGACGUCGAGCACACCAGCUGCAAUGUACGCGCGACAUGUCACAUUUCAUUAAACGACUGACGCGCGCGUCACCCCUCAACUUGAAGGAUAUACGGCUCAAAUCUAUGCCC